AUUUCACUGUAUUGAGAAUAUCGCAAUGUCCAACGACGAAAAUCCACUCUUACGCCCACCGUUUUUCCCCAUUCCAGGAGUCGACCCCAACGCACCUAUCUCAGCACAAACGGAACGAAUCGACCAGCUCAAUACUUUACUUUUGCAAGACAUUGAUGCCAACUUUGCACGAUUUCACCAGAUCAUUACCAGCAAAGUGCUUCCUCAGAUCAAGCGCUACGCUAUUUCUUCGGAGCCUACCCGAGAGUCUGCUCUAUUUUGGAGAUCAUUCUUUGAGAAUGCCUCGACGGUUCGGCUGUCUAAUCAAGGCGAAAGUGAUACUACUAUGACAUCUCAACAGCCAGAUACUUCAACACAGUAUGACGACCAAACCCUUACUCUCAGACGGAGUGCCGACGAAUCAUCAGUCCGUAAUGAUGACUCUUUCAUGUUCGAUCCUCCACCGGGUACAUCCUCAACCCCUCUUCCUGCUGGUCGAGGAGCAGGUGGUCGACCAAAUGACAGCUGGGAAGACUCCAUGGAGUCACCUUUUGAUAGGCUGGAUAGGAAGUUGAUGGAUGAGUUGAAAAUCGGCAAGGAAGGCUACGAGGAACAAUCAAGCAGUGAGAUGCCUACGCCAAGCUUACCUAGCGGGUACAGUCUACCUGGGCUUGAUAGCCGGGAUUCGUCUAGGAUCAGUAGUAUCCAUGACUAUUCUGUUGGAACAAUUGAUCCUUCUCGAGAAUCAGAACUUCCCUCAUCUUUUGGACAAUCACAUUCCCGUCUCGCCCAAUCCUAUUACCCAUCCCCUACACCCAAAGCCAAUCGUCUUGCUGAUCCUCCUCCUGCAUCAUCCAACCCCUUCGGUGCCAAUUUUAAAGGCAUUGUAGACAUGCGAGACACGCCUCUCAAUGCCAAAACAAAGGGCAAAGAUAACUUCAAGCCAAAAACUUCUAUCGUUCCCGGCCUGGAUGAUGAUAGCGACUCCGAUGAAUCGAAUGGCGGAUUUGGUAUGUCUCCACCUGUGACCAUGAAAUUCGACCUCCCUCCACGGGCACAGGCAAUUAUGAAUGCCGCACGUACUCCUGGCAAAGUUAAAGGCAAAGAGGUUGAGGAUGCUGCUGCCGGAGCUGCUGACAAGGAGAGAGAGGCCAAAUUCAUCUUGGAUGAUUUACUGGAAGAGAUGAGUAAUGAAAUGUCUCCAAGGAUGGAGACCCCUGAAGCACUUAGGAGAUAUUCUGUGCUUCCCGGAGACAAUGCACCUAGCAGGUUGCUUUUCUCUUCAUCUUCACAGCCUGCAAUUGCGGAAGACGAAGAUCAAACUUUCCACGCCCCCUCUCUUUCGCAUCCAUUACAUCCAUCACAUGCCAGGAGGGAUGAUCACGCUGAGGAGACAUACCAUCCCACAUCUCGUCCGGCCGCAUCAAGGCAAUCUCUUGCCAACUCCUCAUUCAACUCCAACACCACUGAAAUUCCCAAUGCCCAGAUCGUCUACUCUCAGGAAGAAGAUUCGUUCGACGAUGAGGGCGAUACAUUCGACUCUUCCGGCGAAAUUUCUUCAUUGCACGUCCCUUCCACAGGGUCUUCUACUCACCCUGGUUUUGCUUCCCUUCCCCCAUCGUCUCACCCUUCCCAUCCCACAAUGGCAGACGAUUCAUAUCUUUCCUCAGAAGGCGACCUCACACAAAUCACACAAGCGUCAAAUACAUCACUCUUCGGUGGUGGGCCUCAUGGAGGUCACUUAGGCGCGGGAGCUGGAGGGAGAUUUGCUUUAAUGACCAAGGAGGAUAUGGAUACUUAUCAUGGUGGACGACUGGAGGACGCUGCAGGAGAAGACGUGUGGUUUAGCCCCACGAGGGAUUUGGCUAGAGGAAGGAAUGCGGGUCCAUAAUGUAAGAUUGUUGAAUUCUUUUGAGAAAGUAGAGGAUUACAAUAUCUAGGAUGUGUAUGAUUUGAUAUCUUUUCAAACUUGAUGUGCGUGUUAUAAAAUAGAGGGUUGGUAGUAAACAAUCUUAAGGUACCAGUAAUCCACCACUUUGUUACCAUUCUAUCUUCUCUUCUGUUCGCCAUAACCAUCAGCCUUCUGGAUCCAAUCAACCCGGCCUAGUAAUUCUCAUAG